AUGUCCGCGUCAAUGCUGUGUCUCCUGGUGUCUUUAGUGACGUACAUCCGGUUUUCUGAGCUGAGAAACAGUGCAGGCAAAAACAACAUGUUCCUGUGUACAAGUCUUUUACUGGCUCAGGCAUCUUUGUUAGCCAGUUCUUACUUCUCAGGUUUCAAAUACAUCUGCAUCGCUUUGGGAAUGUCCACACACUUUCUCUGGUUGUGGAAUUUCGCCUGGACCUUCAUGUGCAACUUUCGCAUCCUUCAGGUGUUUACAGCGCAGGUUCGGAUACCACAAACACCGGAAGAUCAAAAACGUGUAUUGGCUAAAAAUAUUGUCUUAACGCUAAUCCUGCCAACAGUUUCAGUAGCCGCUGUUGUGAUUUCAUCUCAAAUACUAACCCAAGGCCAGAAAAUUGGAUACGGCGAAUUGACAUGCCUUAUUGAUUCAAGUUUGCUACUAGGUGUGUUUUUGAUCACUCCUCUGUCUGUCAUCACUGUGUGUAAUGUGGCUUUCUUUAUCGCCACCGUCGUCAAGAUCUACACCAUCAGCAGAUCUGUCACACAACAGGACAACUUCAGCACCAGCAAUAGACAGCUCUCUGUGGUCUACGUGAAGCUGUCGUUGAUGACCGGAGCUUUCUGGCUUUUUGCCAUUGUUGGAGAAGCCACGGAUUCGACACCACUUCAAUACUCACUGAAGUGGUUUCGAACCCGUGGCUUCUCCAACGAUAGCAAACAGCCAGAAAGCUCCGGUCAUCAACGACAGCUUCACGUAGACCACAGAGAGUUGUCUAUCGCUGGUGCUGAAGUUGUUCUGUUGUGUGACAGAUCUGCUGAUAGUGUAGAUCCUGACGACGGUGGUGAUGAAAAAAACCACAUUACACACAGUGAUAAGAGCUAG